UCUGCGUAUUAGUAGAACAGAAGCUGGAGCUGUAGGAAACGCUCACAGCAAUACAUCGACGCCCAAACUCCAAAUCUCAAUUUAAAUUCUCCGAUAUGGACGAGACCGUCGGCGACGGAGCCUACCCUCUCGGACUGGACGAGUCAUAUAGGCCACUUCCCUCGCUUUACUUGGCCUUCCUAUCCUUAUGGCUCGUCUCUGCUUGCUCUUGGACCCUUAAUACCUACAAAAAGCGCCGGUUUCAGCGCAGUCAAAUAAUUGCAGUGGGCACUUACCUCAGUUCCCUUUAUAAAAGUAUUGCAGCUCACGCUGUCCUUUCUCUUCUGGCAUGUUCCUUGUGGAUGUCAUUCGGGGUGUAUGUAACUGGGGUGCUCUUUCAAACUGCUGCCUUUGUCUCCUUCUUGCUCAUUGCUCAUGGCUACUGUAUCAUGUGUGAGCAUCUUUCUUUAAGUGAACGCCGUACAACUGCUGCACUUGGAUGUGUCUUUUACUUAACACUUGUUGGUUACAAAGCUUGUGUGCCAUACUUCACGGUUCUUCUGCUACUGAAUUAUUUUAUUUCAUUCUAUGUAAUUUUCCGGCAUAUAUCACAAAACCUAUUGUUGUUGCGAGAACAAUUGAGUAUUGUUGAAAACGAGGAUGUUCGGACAAUGCAUGAUGCUUUGUAUACAAAGUACAUGAUGUUCAAGAAAUUUCAGGGUGCAAUGCAGAUAGUUGCUAUGGCAGAAACUGUGAUAUACAUGAACAUGGACGACUCUUCAGGAAUUACUGCCUUCGGUUAUUAGUCAGAGAGUGGGCACAAUUCUGCAUUUUUU